GGACUGCUCGGGGUGGAGAAUCUAUGCUGGGAAGGGCUUUCAGUGGACAUCUGCCGAGUUGUGUGUCUUGACUUACUCCAUGGGUUGCACAAAUAUAUCAGUGAUCACCCGAAAGCAUGGAUCACCAAAACGAUUGGAGUAGCCGAACUUGAUGCACGCUUCAUUGCCCAACCUUACCGGAGAGGACAGCGCACAUUCCAUAACGGCAUAUCUAAGAUCUCACAGUGGUCUGGCCGUGAAAACCGAGAUUUUCAGCGUCACCUAGCCGUCACUGUUGCAGGAGCUUACGAGAAGGGGACAGGGAAAGAAUCCCCACGUAUGAUGCAGGCAACUCGCUCCCUGCUUGAUUUCUCUUACAAGGCACAGUUUCCGGUCCAUUCAGACAUCACUUUGGAGUCAAUGAUCCAUGAUCUGAAGGUUUACUAUUCAAGUGUUAGGGUGUUCAUCGAGAAUGGUGCCCGCUGUAAUGGGAAGGGCGUACCGAUUAGCCAUUUCCGAAUCCCCAAGCACCACAACCUCUGUCACUUCAUGGAUGAUAUUCGCGAUCACGGAACACUGGACAACGGUUCAUCAGAGAUAACUGAGGCAUUGCAUAUCCCCACUUGCAAAGUCACUUACCAUGCGACAAAUCGAAGAGGAUUCACCACCCAAAUUCUCGAUCAGCUUCAACGUAUUGAUUCC